AUUUUUUGAGACUAAUUUUAGCUUUCAUUUGAUUAUAGCGACUCACAUGAUAUACGGGAAAAAAACAUUAAUUCAUAGCAACGUAUAAAGUUGAGACUUCAACUUGUUUACAUUUCUCUCUCCUCGAACAUGAGUGUAACUAGACGAACUCCAAAGCCUGCAAAAACAUACAGAAUCUUUUCUUUGGUUUUGUGGACCGGUCUAUAAUCUCACGUGCAAAACAAAACAUACAACAUCUCUCUCUCUAUAUCUUCUACUUUUCUGAACUCAAUUGUUUUCAGGACUUCUUCUAGUAUUAUUUUAAAAAAAAAACAGUUUUAUAAGCUCACAAGCUUCUCCACUCUUCCAUCGAUCAAAACCACAACUUUGUUUGACCUUCUUGUAUCUUUUUCCUUUCUCAUCCUUUCUUCUUCAGUUUUGCUAAGUUCUUAGGAGAAAAGUUUCUAUUAAUCUAUUUUUUCAUUUUUAUUGUGGAGGUAUAUUUACAAGUUUAAUUUCCCUAGUGUGUGUCUUUACCUUUUGCCUUGUCUCCCUCUCGAGACAAAAAGAGAAAGACAAACACUUUCUGUCUUUCUUUUUCUCCUCUCCCUCUCUCUCUCUCUUUUGCUCGGACCCUUUUCAUAUUUUUAAUUUCAUCAAAAUUUCUAGCUAGUUAUGGCGUUGGAGGCUGUUGUGUACCCGCAAGAUCCAUUCUCCUACAUCUCUUGCAAAGAUUUUCCGUUUCACGACUUGUACUUUCAGCAAGAGGAAGAUCGAGAUCUACAAGACACCAAAAACAACAUUAAGCUAGGGCAAGAACAAGAACAUAGGCUUGCGAGUAUUAACUACAACCGAAAAAGCGGAGAUAACAGUGAUGAUUAUAAUUACAACGAAGAGGAUCUUCAAUGGUCACAAGACGACCUUCUUUAUAGAUCCGCCGUCGACACCGAGAACCAGCCUCCGCCGUCGGAUGUGGCGACGGGAGGAGGAAGAAGGAAGAGGAGGAGGACGAGGAGUAACAAGAACAAGGAAGAGAUCGAGAACCAGAGGAUGACUCACAUCGCCGUCGAGAGAAAUCGCCGGAAACAAAUGAACGAGUACCUCGCCGUUCUCCGUUCUCUCAUGCCAACUCCUUAUGCUCAAAGGGGAGAUCAAGCUUCAAUCGUAGGCGGAGCCAUUAACUACUUAAAGGAGCUUGAGCAUCAUUUACAAUCAAUGCAGCCUCCGGUAAAGACCACCGCCGCAGAAGAAACCGGUUCCGCCGCCGGCAAAAACACCAACGCAAUCGCCGCCAGCUCAUCGGAACCUUUUUCAGAUUUCUUUGCAUUUCCUCAAUAUUCGAGCCGGCCUUCGUCGUCGUCGGUGGCUGAGGGAAUGGCGGAGAUAGAGGUGACUAUGGUGGAGAGUCAUGCGAGUGUAAAGAUACUUGCGAAGAAGCGUCCGAGACAGCUAGUUAAACUUGUCGCAUCGAUACAGAGUCUGAGGCUAACUCUUCUUCAUCUCAACGUUACCACUCGUGAUAACUCCGUCCUCUAUUCCAUCAGCCUAAAGGUUGAAGAAGGGAGCCAAUUGCACACAGUGGAAGAUAUUGCAUCAGCUAUGAAUCAAAUCCUGCGGAGGAUUGAAGAAGAGUCAUCCUUUAGCUAAUAUACUUGAAUUUUAGUUAUGACACAUUUAGAGGAACUCUAAUUUUUCAUGUGUGAUCUUUUUACUCUCUUUUCCAUAUUAAAAAUAAAUAAAAAUAAAUACUUUCCAUUGGUCUUUAAUUUGUUUUUUUGCCCUUG